GCAACCCAAUCUACGACUUCUUCAUUGGCCACGAGCUGAACCCUCGUAUUGGGAGCUUCGACCUGAAAUAUUUCUGCGAACUGCGGCCCGGGUUGAUUGGCUGGCUGGUCAUCAACCUGGCGAUGCUGACGAAGGAAUGGGAGCUGCGAGGGAGCCCGUCACUGGCCAUGAUUCUCGUCAAUUCCUUCCAGCUCCUGUAUGUCCUCGACGCGCUCUGGCACGAGGAGGCGGUCCUGACCACGAUGGACAUCAUGAACGAUGGCUUCGGCUUCAUGUUGGCGUUUGGGGAUUUGACGUGGGUCCCGUUCACGUACAGUCUGCAGGCCCACUUCUUGGUGGGUCACCCCCAGGAGCUGACACCGGCCGCAGCGGCGGGCAUCGUCCUCCUGAACGCCCUUGGGUAUUUUAUAUUUCGCAGCGCCAACUCCCAGAAGAACACUUUCCGCAGGAACCCCAACGAUCCCAAAGUGGCAGCGUUGGAGACAAUCCCCACGGCAACUGGGAGGCAGCUUUUGGUAUCAGGUUGGUGGGGCAUGCUGCGACAUCCAAACUACCUUGGGGAUCUGAUCAUGGCUUUGACCUGGUCCCU